AGGCACCGGCGUUCCCGAGGGUGGGGCCGGGGCAAGUGUCAGUCAGGCAGGGAACGCCGCUGGGGACGCGGAGACCCGGCGGCUUACGCGCGCGGGCUGCUACCGAGCCGUCCGACCAAGAUGGAGUUCCUCCUGGGGAACCCGUUCAGCACGCCGGUGGGGCAGUGCCUCGAAAAGGCUACAGACGGCUCCCUGCAGAGCGAGGACUGGACGCUGAACAUGGAGAUCUGCGACAUCAUCAAUGAGACGGAGGAAGGGCCAAAGGAUGCCAUUCGAGCCCUGAAGAAGCGGCUCAACGGGAACCGGAACUACCGAGAGGUGAUGCUGGCGCUGACGGUGCUGGAGACGUGCGUGAAGAACUGUGGCCACCGCUUCCACGUCCUCGUGGCCAACCGGGAUUUCAUCGACGGCGUCCUGGUCAAAAUCAUCUCUCCCAAGAGCAACCCCCCAACCAUCGUGCAGGACAAGGUGCUGGCUCUCAUCCAGGCGUGGGCCGACGCCUUCCGGAGCAGCCCUGACCUCACGGGCGUCGUGCACGCUUACGAAGAGCUGAAGAGGAAGGGCAUGGAGUUCCCCAUGGCUGACCUGGACGCGCUGUCCCCCAUACACACACCCCAGCGGAGCGUCCCGGAGGUGGACCCAGCCACCAGCAUGCCCAAGUCCCAGUCGCAGCCGAGGACGAGCAGUGGCUCCUCCUUGGUGCCGCAGGCCCCGGCUCUGAGCGCUGCGGGCCCCAUCACGGCCAAUUCAGAGCAGAUCGCCAGGCUGCGGAGUGAACUGGACGUCGUUCGGGGAAACACAAAGGUCAUGUCCGAGAUGCUAACGGAGAUGGUUCCCGGGCAGGAGGACUCGUCCGAUCUGGAGCUGCUGCAGGAGCUGCACAGGACCUGCCGCGCCAUGCAGCAGCGCGUCGUGGAGCUCAUCUCCCGCGUGUGCAACGAGGAGGUCACCGAGGAGCUGCUGCACGUCAACGAUGACCUCAACAACGUCUUCCUCCGAUACGAGAGAGCCGUCCCUCAGGGAGAAAGGUUUGAACGAUACAGGUCAGGCCGAUCCGUUCAAAAUGCCAGUAAUGGAGUGCUGAGCGAAGUGACAGAGGACAACCUCAUCGACCUGGGCCCGGGGUCUCCAGCCGUGGUGAGCCCGACCGUGGGGGGCACGGUGCCCCCGUCUUCCCUCUCGUCCCAGCUUGCGGGCUUGGACCUGGGCACGGAGAGUGUCAGCGGCACCCUGAGCUCGCUCCAGCAGUGUCACCCCCGGGACGGCUUUGACCUGUUCACCCAGACCAGAGGGAGCUCCUCGGCUGAGCAGCGCAAGACGGCCACCUACGAGGACCCCCAGGCCGUCGGAGUAAUUGUUUCUGCGGUAGACGGUCGGAAACAGAACCCCGAAGUGAAGAGAGGUAAAGGUGGGGACUCUGACCUGGAGCCCAUAGACAGCUGGCUCAUAGCCCAAGGAAUGAUCCCCGUGGUGCAGCCGUCUGUCAUGGACGACAUUGAGGUGUGGCUCAGGACCGACCUGAAGGGCGACGACCUGGAGGAGGGCGUCACGAGCGAAGAGUUCGAUAAAUUCCUUGAAGAAAGGGCCAAAGCUGCCGAAAUGGUUCCCAACCUCCCCUCUCCCCCAGCGGAGGCUCUGGCCCCGGCCUCAAAUCCCUCCAGCAGGAAGAAGCCGGAGCAGUCAGAGGACGCCCUCUUUGCCCUGUGAGCUGUCCUGUGGUUGGGCCCCCCCACGGCAGGUCACCUCUAGCUCCCCCCAUCCACACCAGGCACUGGCCACUCUUCCCAUCCCCAGCCCCCACCUGGUCCUGCGCUGCUGUGUCUCCAUGGAAACGCCACUGUGUUUGCUCCCAGGCCUCCUGCUAGUCAGGACCAGCUUUAGCCACCCUCUCUGUGGGCGGCGGGACAGCGUUGCUGUAGCCACAGCCCCUCAACUUCUGCUCUUCCUGCCCACCAGCUCCCUCUGCCUGUUUCUUCCCAGGAAGAGCCCACAGCUGGUCCAGCACCAGGCAGGACAGUCCCUUUGGGUCUGUUCCUGAGCAGUUCCUCUGGUCACCUGCACACAGAGAAGGGGCUCAGGCCCCAGCCCCUUGCCCGGCGUGCCCCUGCCCAGCACAGCGGGCCUCUCCUGCCCUCCCGUGACCCCCUGUGCCCCAGAAAGGGCAGGUCUGCACCUGCGGGCUUGGUCGCCCUCCCCGGACUGCUGCUGCCUGACGAGUGUCGGCACUUUAGAAGGCUCUGUGGAUGCCCACGGGUGGCGUCUCUCACCUGCCAUCUGCUUGACCCUUUCUUCAUACUCAGCUGCUAGCCCAGACCCACGUCCAACCUGGCUCAGUAGCCGAGCCUGGGACCAAGGGGUCCCCCGCGGGCCUGCAUGCUCCUGGUGUGGGCAGAGCCAUGGGCUGUCAGGAGGGCAGCUCGCAACCCUGGCCGGUCAGCUCUUGCAGAGAUAACACUACUGUCUCCAAGCUGCCCCUGUGCACCACAGGCCCUGUGGCCGCCCCACCUGUGGAGGGGCCUGCACAGUGAGGGCUGGCUCUGGCCAGCUUGGGAGAGCUUUGCACGUUGGUGAAUGUGCUUCGGCCUGGUCUGGGGCAGCCUCCACGCCUCUGCCUCCAGGGCCCAGCAGCAGGCGGUGUUGCACCCCAGGGGAGAUCCCAGUGACCGAAGGCCCCUGCACUUUACUGGGCGGGGCCUCAGCCUCCCCUGCAGACUGUCCUGAAGCCUGAUCUCCUCCCACCCCAGACCCGGCGCCCAAGCAACCUAGGAGGGGCUGCUGACACCCGCUCCUGUCUUGGGUCCUUGCUGGUAUCUCGGGCCGUGGGCAGGGCACUAGCCGCUCGGCCCAAGCCCGGUCCAGCCUGAGCCGCCCUGUGCUGUGGCCCAGAAGAGCGAACGCACUGCUGCCGCGGCUUCCGCCAGCCUGUGAGCCCUGGUCCAGAUCAGCGUUCCAGCACGUGCUGCCUGGGCGUCGGGGCAAGGCCUGGCCGGGCCACCUGGUGGGCCUGGCCCGCGGUGUGGUCAGCCCUUCCCACCUGGCAGCCCAAGCAGGGAGAAGAGGCCGGGCCUGACACAGGCCGGGAUCAGUGCCGCCGUGGGCUCCAGCGGGAGCGUUUAGGACAGGGCUGGAGGGCUGUGCGGGGCACCGGCAGGAGCAGGUGUGGGGGAAAGCGGGGUGCUGCCCGUCUGGGACCCACACCCAGCCUGGCACCCUGCAGCUUCCUCUGGAGAGGAGGCCUGGGGUCCGGCUGGGGCUGUCACACUCCAGUUCCUCAGAGGGCGCUCAGGAAGUCCCCACCACGGAGCUGGGCCAGCCUGCCUGCACCCCGCCCAGCCCCGACCCUCAGACAGCUGCACCCCUCUCCUCGGCGUUUCCAAGGGCGAGGCCCCGAGGCCGGCGUGGAUGCUGAGCGUGUGAAGUUGGCCGACUUGAGCUGCACAGAAGGUGGCUGGGUGGCCCGGUUGUCCCUGGCAACCCUAGCUGGUAUCCCCGGGCCUUGGGCGCAGCCUGGGGAGCGUGUCUGUGUGGGGGCGGGGGACAGUGGGCCUCAGGUGGUCAGUCCAACGGGAGUUGCAGCAGCCAGGCCCAGCGUCCGCUGAGGGAGGAGCCGGCCUCCCACCCGGCGAAGCAGGGAGCCCAGGGGUCUCCCGAUGGAGAGUGAAGUGGAGGCGUACCUGCCCAGGGAGGCCCCCGCAAAGCCGCCCCCCAGCUCCAGCUGCUUAGCCAGGCACAGCUGAGAGAGGUGGGGCCGCCAGGGCGGCGGGUGGUGGUGGCCUCGCUGGCCGUCCCAGCUGGAGCUGACCCUCUGCUCGCCCAUCAGGUCACAGCAGCCUGACCCAGCCAUAGGCCGGCCUGGGAAGCAGGUGCCCAGGGCGGUGCUGCUCUACCCUUCCUGUCCUGAGUCCUAGGAGCCCUGGGCCCCUCCCACUGGCUCCCUUCCGCCUGGGGGGCACGGCGCUCAGGAAGGGAAGCUGGCCGGAGCCUUCCGCCCUGGGGAGUGGGACCCCCCGAGCCAGCAGCCUCUCCACCAGUGUUAGACAUCACAGAUACAGUAUGUACUUAAUUACACUACAUUAUUGCUGGGAUUCCUUAUAAGCACUAAUUAUACCUGAUUAUAGGUUAAAAUAUUUAUUUUGUCAAGAUAUUUUCUUGGGGAUGUGUUUAACCUUUCCUGUGCUGUGUGCUGAGAUGUGAAAACUAACCCUCUCCUCCUGCCUUCCUGGCCAGUGGGCAGCAGCUAAUGGCACUAAGUGCAGUGUGACCCGGGCACCGGCGGGCCUUUGGCCAGCCUGCCCCAGAGCGGCCCCUGCCCGGGACCGCCAGGCACCGUGCAGGCCGACCGGCCCAGGUGACACGUGAGCAACUGGCUUAUGAGCACGCGCGGGACAAGGGCCGCGGAGCUGCAGCGGCUCGUCGCUGGCCGGGCCAGAGGGCAAGGUGGCCGUCUGUCCUCCUGUCUCUCUGUCAGCCCCCUCAGUGUGAGCGACCAUGCUGUCUGCCCUGGGCCACGCUGCCUUGGCUCGCUGCCCUCUCCCUCCUUACCCAGGGUCUAGAGCAAGGGGCCUGGGGAGGUGUGAGGCCUGGGCCUUCCCUCAAAGCCCCAGUGGGGAGAGGGGACCGGUGGCAGCAGACACCCAGACUCGGCUCUUCCCGUCCCUUCCUGCUGCCACAGCCCCGCUUGCCUCCGCACGCUUCUAACUCAGUCCAGCCCAGCCUUCCGGAGGGUCCGAGGGGGCUGUGGGCUGGCGAAGGGGAAGCACCGUGGAGGGCGGCGGUGCUCUGCACUGGCUGCCGCCAGGGCCGGGCCCCUCCCCCGUCCCCGACGUGGGCAGAGCCGGCUUCGCCACCCGGGCUGAGCGUGUGCACCCAGAAGACGUCCGGUGGCCCCCGCCUCUCCCAGUGCCCUGCUCCAGCCCGUGCUGUCCCUGGGGCACCCUGGGAACAGCUGUCAACCCCGGAGUCUCACUGCGUCUCUCCAGGCACUCCUGGAGGAAGGGGGUGGGGUGGGGUGGAUAUUUAUUUCCUCGAGUUUGCACUUGACUUGUGAGGGUUCUCAGGUUUGUUGUCCGGCGUCCCCCAGCCUGGCGGUCCGUCACCGUCUCUGCCGGCAGACUCCUGUCUCUAGAGGGGAGUCAGCGACACCAGAGCGUCUGUCCACCCACUGGCUCUCCUUCCAGACAUGUCUGUCUAGUUUGGGAUCUUGCAUGUAAAAUACUCCACAAUAAACAAACAGACUGUU